AUGAAUUAUGACGAAUGGAUUAGGUUGGGAGAGAGACUAGGUUUAAAAGGGGAAAGCCUAGCGACAUUCAUUAAAGAGAAGGAAGCAGAGUUCAUUGACAGAGAGGAAAGGAAACUUAGGAGAGAAGAAGAGAGAAGGUUACAUGAAAUGCAACACGAGUUGCAGUUGAAAGAAAAGGAGUUGGAAGGCGAAAGAAUAAGAUUGACCAGACCGUCAAUGGAAGGGCCUGGUAGAACGACUCAUCCUAAACUUCCGAGAUUUGACGAAGUUCAUGACGAUAUGGAUGCAUAUAUUGAAAGAUUUGAGAGGUAUGCAUUAAGCCAAGGAUGGGAAGAGGAGACGUGGGCAAUGAGUCUGAGUUCCCUUCUGACAGGGAGGGGACUUGAGGUUUAUACAAGCAUGUCCCCUGAAGAAGCGUGUGAUUACACCGUGCUGAAAACAGCGGUCCUGAAAAGGUACUUGCUUACUGAAGAAGGAUUCAGGGCAAAGUUUAGAGCAAGCAAGCCAGAGACAGGAGAGUCUGUUCAUCAGUAUCUGUCUAGGUUAAGGCGAUACUUUUCAAGGUGGACUGACAUGGCACAGGUGGAACAGUCUUAUCAAUCAUUGUGCGAGGUGAUGGUAAGAGAACAGUUUAUUCAAAGCUGCUCCACAGACCUGGCCAUGUUUUUGAAAGAGAGGGCGCCAAAGACAAUGGCAGAUCUAACCCAAAUGACAGAACAAUAUGUGGAGGCACACGGUGGUAAAUUGGCUUCCACGAAACAAUCAUCAAGUAAUGGACAAAAAGUGUUAGAAGCAGAGCGUCGAAUGGAUAAAAUAUCAUCACCAAUUGGGAAAAGGUUCCCUGAGAGAAGAGAACGAGUCUGCUUUGUUUGUAAGAAACCUGGUCAUCUUGCUAGGGACUGUCGAUUUAAAAUAUUGACUAAUCGAGAAACUCCAUCGUUAAAAAGUGAAAAGAGAAUUUCAGCAGCAUGUACACACGUUGAUUCAAGAGAUGUUCCUGUGAAAACAAAGGCAAGCGGCCACUCAGAAUGUGGAGAAAUCCGUCAAUUCUUUUCAAGUGGGUGUACCAUAGAGGAGAUGGAUGAAGUAAGAAACCUGGACAUUAGAAAGGGUUUUAUUGGUGAACGAGAAGUAAAAGUACUUAGAGAUACCGGUUGUGAGUCGGCUGUGGUGCGGAGAGAAUUUGUGAAACCCGCGCAAUUCAUAGAAAAACAGGUAGUAAUGAUAACAGUUGAUGGAGAAGGAAAAGUAGUACCUAUGGCGAGAAUCCAUGUAGAUACACCAUACUUCGAGGGAGAGAUAGAAGCGAUGGUGCCGAAGACUUUGAUAUGUGACCUGAUAAUAGGAAAUAUCCCUAGGGCUAAAAAUGUACCAUGUCCAAAAUGGCACAGUCUAAAAAAUGAGAAGAAUGCUACAGCAGUAGUGAUGACCAGAUCACAGAUAGAGAAAGCAGAAAGACCACGACGGGCAUUACAAGUUCCAGAACCUUCCUGCGAUAAAGAAAUGAACGUGGAUGACCUGAAGGGUGCACAAAAAGAAGAUAAGACUCUAAAAAAACUUUGGAGUCUUGCAGCAGUUGGAGAGAGAUUAAAGUUGGCUGGGGGAGCUGAGUACAAAUACGAAGUCAAAAGGGGAGUCUUGUACCGAAUAUUUCGGAAACCCAACAGACCCAACGAUCCAGAGGUGAAGCAGAUCAUUGUGCCAACGUGCUACCGACGGAGGGUAAUGGAAUUGGCACAUGAGUCCAUCGUAGGAGGUCAUCUUUCUUCACAAAAGACAAGUGACAGGGUUAUGUCGAGUUUCUAUUGGCCUGGAAUUUGUGGUGAUGUGACGAGAUUUUGCCGUUCUUGUGAUAUUUGUCAAAGGACCAUACCAAAAGGACGAAUUAAGAGAGUCCCACUCGGACAAACGCCAAUAAUAGAUGAGCCGUUUCAUAGAGUUGCAGUGGAUUUGAUCGGCCCCAUAAUACCAGCAUCGGAGAGUGGUAAUAGAUACAUAUUAACGAUAGUAGACUAUGCAACUCGGUACCCUGAAGCUAUUGCGUUACCCAGAAUCGACACAGACAGAAUAGCAGAAGCAAUGCUCGAAGUGUUUUCAAGAGUGGGUUUCCCAAGCGAGGUCCUCAGUGACCGAGGUAGUCAAUUCACAUCAGACUUGAUGAACAAAGUGUGUCGCCUUAUAUCCAUCAGACAACUGUUUACGACACCAUACAAUCCUAAGUGUAAUGGACUUUGUGAAAGAAUGAAUGGAGUCCUGAAAGACAUGCUGAAGAAGAUGUGCCAGGAGAAGCCGAAAGAUUGGGACAGAUAUUUGGCUGCGGUCCUUUUUGCUUACCGUGAAGUGCCACAGGCAAGCACCGGGUUUUCUCCUUUCGAACUACUUUAUGGAAGGACAGUAAGAGGGCCAAUGCAGAUUCUGAAAGAAAUGUGGACAGAAGAAGAAGUGCCUGAAACUCGUAACACAUACCAAUACGUGCUUGAUUUGAAAAACAGACUAGAAGAGACAUGUAAAGUUGCAGCCGAUAGUUUACGGAAAGCACAAGCGACGUACAAGCAUCAUUACGACAAGAAGACAAGAAAAAGGUCCCUUAACGUUGGAGACAAAGUGUUGAUUCUUUUGCCGACAAAUAAGAACAAAAUGAUGUUGCAGUGGAAAGGCCCAGGUGAAGUCAUUGGGAAGAUCAAUCAGUUCGAUUAUAAGGUUAAUAUUGGUGACAGGAAUGCCACAUACCAUAUAAAUCUAUUAAAAAAGUAUGAAGAAAGGACAGACAAUGCCAUUGUAAGUAUGGCUAUCGUCGAAUCAGACAAAUAUGACCAUAUAGGAGCAGUUGAUGACGAAGACCUUCUUGAACUAGCAGCCAUCGCUGGAAAAGAAAACUUCAAAGAUGUAAAAGUUUCAGACGAGUUAUCCCCAGAACAAAGACAACAAGCCCUCAAAUUGGUAAUGGCAUACAAAGAUAUAUUUACAGAUCAGCCAGGAAAUACAACUCUUACUGAGCAUACAGUCGACUUAACGACGAACACGCCUAUAAGACAGAAGCAGUAUACCAUGCCAUAUGCCAAAAGAAAAGACAUAGACACAGAAGUGGAAUCAAUGUUGAACUCAAUGAUUAUAGAGCCGACCGUUUCAGAGUACAACUCACCUAUAGUGUUAGUCAGAAAGAAAGAUGGUACCAACAGAUUCUGUGUAGACUUCAGAAAGCUGAACGCAAUCACGAAAUUCGAUAAUGAGCCGAUGCCAAACGUAGACGAUAUCAUGGCAAAGCUUAAGGACGAUGUCUUCUUUACAAAAAUUGACCUGGCUAAAGGAUAUUGGCAGAUUCCAAUCAGGAAGGAAUGUCGGCAUUUGACUGCAUUUUCAACCGACAAGGGUACUUACCAAUUCCGCAAGAUGCCAUUUGGAAUGGUCAACUCAGGAGCAACGUUUAAUCGAAUGAUGAGAAAAUUGCUAAAUGGUUGCAGGGGUGCUGACAGUUAUGUCGACGAUAUCCUUGGACAUACAGUAACUUGGGAGAGCCACUUGCAAAUGAUUCAAGAUGUUUUCCAGAUAGUCAGAGAUGCUGGGCUUACCAUACGACCUUCGAAAUGCAUGGUUGGUUUCAAGAACAUUGGGUUUAUUGGUCACAUGGUCGGGAACGGAGUCUUACAGAUGGAAGAAGAUAAAGUCGAACGCAUCAGACAAGCUGAGAUUCCAAAGACAAAGCGUCAAGUUCGAGCCUUUUUGGGUCUGGCAGGGUACUAUCGAAAAUUCAUACCAUCAUUCGCAGAAGUUGCCUCACCUCUGACUGACCUGACAAAAAAGGGCCAUCCUAACAAUGUGACUUGGGGAGAUCCUCAGAACAAAGCGUUUAGAAACCUGAAAGAACAACUGACAAAGGCUCCGAUCUUAAGACUGCCGGACUUCAAUCGAGAGUUCGUUAUACAAGCAGAUGCCUCUAAUGUUGGAAUAGGAGUUGCCCUGCUACAGCAUUACGAUGAUGGUCUGUUUCCCGUAGCAUUUGCCAGCAAGAAGUUGCAACAGCGCGAACGAAACUAUACAGUUACCGAAAGAGAAUGCCUUGCUAUUAUCUUUGGAAUAAAGAAAUUCCAGAAAUACCUUUAUGGGAAAGAGUUUGUGAUACAAACCGAUCAUAGUGCCUUAUCAUACAUUCAGAAAAGUAAGCUGGAGAAUGGCAGGCUGAUGAGAUGGGCCUUGUUUCUUCAAAAUUAUCGUUUCCGAAUUCAGGCUAUCAAAGGUUCACAGAACUUCUUUGCCGAUUAUCUUAGCCGACAAGACACCCAGAUCACCGAUGAAGACAAUCAAGAUACCUUGCCGAAAGAACCUGAAAGGGGUGAAGCAAGUCUCCAGAGUGAAGCAAGUCCAGGAAUUGCAGCAAGUCUAAGAAGCGAAGCAAGUCCAGGAAUUGCAGCAAGUCAAAGAAGCGAAGCAAGUCCAGGAAUUGCAGCAAGUCUAAGAAGCGAAGCAAGUCCAGGAAACGAUGCAAGUCUAAGAAGCGAAGCAAGUCCAGGAAACGCAGCAAGUCUAAGAAGCGAAGCAAGUCCAGGAAUUGCAGCAAGUCUAAGAAGCGAAAAGUUACAGCAGAUAGAGAGUUUGACAGUAUGCGUGUUUGAAGAAGAUAAUGCUAUUAUUGGUACAUUCAAUUCCACGAACUG